AUGGGUAGCGUGUCAAAUGAGCCAGAGAAGGAUGAGGCGGCUGUUGAUGUCCGCAGCAUCAAGGAACAUGCACAAGAGACUAGUUUAAUCAACAUCUUGGUUGUCGCGACCGCGUGCCUAGGUGGAUUUUUGUAUGGAUUUGCUGCCAACGCGCUCUCAGGAUCUCUCUCCCAGACCACAUUCAUCGCAAAGUUUUUGUCUACAGAGGAUGCUACAUCCAUUGAAGAUGGAAUGCUUAGUGGAUUCCUUGGAGGUGCACUGGUAGGUGCAAUUAUCCAGGCACCACUGGCAAACAAGUUUGGCCGGCGUCUUGCAAACCAAGCUGCAGCAGUUAUUGUCAUUAUAUCUGGAGCCCUGCAAGCAGGAUCAGUCGAUGUGAAGAUGUUCAUCGUCGCUCGAGUCAUUUGCGGUAUCGGGUCCGGAAUGGUUUUUGCCAACACUCCAGUCUACAUGAGUGAGGUAUCACCUCCACACACCCGUGGUAUGUUGGUCGGUCUCCAUGGUGUAGGAACUGUCACAGCCUAUAUUUUGUGUGCAGUCUGUGCCCUUGCAUUCAGCUUUGUCGAGUCGUCGAUUCAAUGGCGACUUAUCUUCAUUGUUCUCACCGGAUUGGGUAUUUUACAUCUCAUCUCCUUGUCCUUUAUCCCGGAGUCGCCUCGCUGGCUCACAGAGAAAGGCCGUGACGAGGAAGCUAAGGCUGUGCUUGAAUACCUGCACCGCACUAAGCGUGAUCCCAGAGCUACAUUUGCUCACGCCGAAGCCCAGCAGAUCAAAGCCCAAGUUCAGGUCGAAAAAGAUACUCCGCGUGGCUACCUUCAUAUCCUACGUACCGUGUCUCAUCGCAAGCGUGCACUUUGCUCUAUUCUCCUUUGGGUGAUGGGCCAGGGAACAGGUAUUACUGUUAUAGCUAACUUAAUCCCCACACUUAUGGGUACACUUGGAUUUGGAACGACAAUGCAGUUGGGCCUGGGUGUUGUUUGGACUGUCUGUGCGGUCAUUGGAUGCGGAAUCAAUGUUCUUCUCCUAGACCGUGUAGGACGCGUGAAGCUUCUCGUGGUGGGUGGUUUUGGCAGUGCUCUGAUCAUUGGUACCAUGGCUGCCCUGGAAGAAUACUACCUGACUACAACAUACCGUCCCGGCAUCAACGCUGCAGUGGCUUUGUACUUCAUCUUCGGUGCUUUUUUCACAUCCACGAUCGAGUGCACCGCCUAUGUGUAUGGAUCAGAAAUCUGGCCCACGCAUCUUCGUAGCGAGGGAUCCACCAUCACAUUUGGCAGCUUCUUCGGUAAUGCAGUCGCGUACAGUGCCCCUGUUACGAUGGCACUUGCAAGUAUUGGAUGGAAGUACUAUAUGGUAUUCGUUGCUGUCACAAUUGCAUCGACUGUGAUAAUUAUCUUUUACUUCCCAGAGACUAUGGGAUUGAGUCUCGAGGAAAUAAACUCCAAAUUUGGCGACAAAGUUGAAAUGGAGCUUCAAGAUGCUCUUGCUGCCGAAGACACUAGCUCUGACGGUACAGCCGUCUAA